AUGUCGAUCGCUCCAAGUGCAGUUUUGAUCACUGGUGCAAACAGGGGUCUGGGAUUGGAAUUCGUCAGACAGAUCGUCUGCCUUCCAACUCCGCCAAAAUAUUUGUUCGCAACAUGUCGGAACCCAGAUUCGGCAACGUCUCUUCAAGACAUUGCUAAGACACAUUCCUGUAUAAAGGUGAUGAAAUUCGAUGUAUGCGACUUCAGUAGCUACAGUAACCUGAAGGAGAACAUUUCCUCGAUACUAGAAGGUGAAGGCCUUAACUUAGUUGUGUGUAAUGCUGGCAUCCUAGUUCGGUCAAGUUUCACGGACACCACUCCAGAUGUGAUGACGUCAGUGUAUACAACAAACGCCAUAGCACCGAUGAUUCUUGUGCAGACUUUCGGGCCGCUGCUUAAACUAGCGGCACAGAAAUCGUCGGAGAAAGGAAUGUCCUGGCGAAAAGCCGCAGUGGUGAACGUAUCGUCAAUUCUGGGGUCUGUGGAGAGUACCAGCAGUGGUGGUAUGUACCCACACCGGGCUUCAAAGGCGGCACUGAACAUGAUAACGAAAACCCAGAGCAUUGAUUUGAAAGCGGAUGAGAUUCUAGCUGUUGCCGUCCAUCCAGGUUGGGUUCGUACUGAUAUGGGAGGCCAGGCAGCCCCUGUCUCUCCGACUGAGAGUGUCCAAGGUAUGCUCGGCGUCUUCUCCACACUGUCCGAGGAUACCAGUGGUAGGCUGUUUAACUAUACGGGUGAAAUCCUGCCGUGGUAAAAUGAUCUGGCUUUAGUCAUCCCCAGGCCUGGUGAUGAAAGUUGACAUUGCGGGUAGGCGAUUGGACUUUACUGGAGAACUGUCGUAAGAAUUCCCCAGGACUGGUGAUGAAAGGUGACAUUACUGUCCGGUAUUCCUCAGGGCUGGAGUUACCACUGCUUCAUAUCGUUUCCAUACAAUCAGAUACAGUUUAUCUACAUAUAUGCGUGCUUAUCAGGUAAUGUUCGUCUAGUUUGAUUCUGUCAUCUAUUUCGAUUGGUUGUAUCAUAUCUUUAGACAAACCCUUUCACUUACGUUUCAUGUGUAUUAGGAUCACUUGGUGAUUAUUAAACAACAGGCACUGUAACCAGUCUAAGAUCUUUUGAUUUCAGUCAUAGACCUGACCAUGGGCCGAGAAAAACUGAUGACCAAAAUUUCUUGGAUCUCACGCACCAUGGCCCGAUAAUUCUGUUUAGUUUCUUAUCGACAUUUUUCAAAUUGCAACGAAGUAAAUUACAUUAAACUACAUCAUAUUAUGACUAUGGCGACAUUGACGUAUUGGUGUAUUUCAUAACAAAUAUGCCGCUAAACUAUUUAUAGAAACACCCGUAUAAUGUCCUACAUUUGAGUCAAAAUGGUUCAAUAUCAUAUGGAAUCUAAAUGUAGUGAUAUCAGUCCACUUUGUGGAUUUCUAAUUUUCAAACAGUUUACUAAUGAGCUUACUUCCGAUAUUUGGGUCAUACCACAUGACCUUCAAUAUCUGAAUGACAGGUCAGUGGUGAGAAGGUGAUCAGAAAAAUUAACAUUGGAAUCAAUUAAAU